AUGGAGAUAAAAUAAGACUGUAAUUCUAUCAAGCAGGUUCAACCUAAAUUAUCUUAGAUUAUUGAUGAUUUUGAAAUGCAAAAUAAUGAUUUAUGUAUCACAGACUUUCAAUAACAAGCUAUUCAAUCUAAAAAAGAAUUAGAAUCUCCUACAAGACUGAGGACAUCUAAUAAAUAAAUGAGAAAUCUGCUUAAAGAAAGAUUAGGAAUCAAUAACGUUGAGGACAUUGUAAUUUAGUAGAGUACACCUGAUUAUCCAGAGAUUUGCUUCAAAGAAAUAUACCUUUUUCAAGAAGUAAUUGGUUCUGGAGCUUUUGGAGUUGUAUUUUAAGUAGAAAAAAUUAGAAAUAUUAAUCCUACAUCAAAAUGUGUUGAUAGCAAACCGAUAUCAUAACUAGCUGCAGUCAAAGUGAUCAAUAAAAACACUCUCAAAGAUGAUGGCUAUAGAGUAUUAAAGAAUGAAGCUUUAAUUUUAAGAACAAUGGAUCAUCCUAAUAUAGUUAAAUUUUAUGAGAUCUAUGAGACAUCAGAUUUCGUUUUUAUUGAAAUGGAGGUAAUAAAAGGAGGAACAUUGAGUGAUUUCAUCAAAAGCAAGUUCUAAUUUUCUGAUUAAGAUGCUAGUUUGAUUAUAAAAAGUAUCCUCUCAGCUGUAGAGCAUGUCCACUCUAAGAACUUCGUGCAUAGAGACUUAAAACCUGAUAAUAUCCUUAUUUCUGAUCAAAAUGAUCUUUCAACCAUUAAAGUUGCUGAUUUUGGAUUGAGUGAAUCAUUAAGGAUUAAUAUAGCAUAUUCCUUGAACGAAAAAAUGGGCACACUUCUAUAUAUGGCUCCAGAAUAGACUAAAAAUCAUGCUUAUGGAAAAAGAAUAGAUGUAUGGGCUUGUGGAAUAAUUAUGUACAUACUGAUUGAAGGAAGACAUCCUCUCUUUGAUCCACAGCAUGAUAACGAGAGGACUUUCCUAGCAAAGUUGAAAAAUCCCUCUUGGAUGUUCGGUGUUAAUUUUACUAUGAUGGCUAAAGACUUUUUCUUAAAAAUGUAUAAGAAGAUGAAAAUUAAAUUAGUAAAAAUGGAUCAAUUCUAAAUGAGGACGAUUAAUAAAGGAUAAGUUAGAUACCCUCUUUAAAUGAAUCAAGAGAUUCCUCAAGGCAAGGGAGGAGAACCUAAUGAGAGAAAUAGCACCUAAGUACUAAGUGAAACUGGAUAGUCAGAAGCUGAUAUGUAAGAGGAAUCCAUUAGUCCUAAGCUUAGGCCUCAACUUCUUUUUUCGAAUCGUCAAUCUACUUUGGAUGAAUCACCGCCAAUAAGAGUAAAAUCUACUAAAAGAUACUCCAACAGAAAUCCAUCUAUGUUAAACAAAAAUAAGAAUAAUUAUAGCAUGUCACCAGCUAAUAUGAACGGAUAAAGAAGAAGUGAGAUGAAAUAAAACAAUUUAAUUUCUCCUAAAUAGUUUGAUAGCCAAAUCUUAAGUGAAAAUAGCAUACUUCCAAAGUAAAAAGAUUCAAUCUUGAAAUAGAUAGAGCAUUAUAAAACAGAUAAAACUGACUCUCCUUUGACUUUAGAGAUCAAAGACUCCCCAGUUAAGACUUUAGAUGCUAUUGAUCUAGACAAAGGCUUUAGUAAAAACAAAAUAGAAAAGAUUCUUGAUGCAAUCCAAUCGCCAAAGAAAUCAAGUUUCCACUAGGCUAGGCGAAUCACAACCAACAUAAAUUUGCAGCAAUGCCAAUACAAGAUAGAAGAUGGAAAUUAGUCAUUUUAAGAGCUAUCAAAUGCAGAAUAGUUUUCAAGAUAAAUAAGCAGAUAAGAUAAACCCUUAAGCCCCAAUUUUGGUGUUAAGAAUAUGCUGAGAACAUCUCAAAAGAAAUUUUCUAAUGACCUAUUUCAGCUUCCUAUAAUAAAUAAUGAAAAUAGUGAAGUUUAGAACAUCACUAACAGACGAGGAAUACCCUCUGAGGAUUGGUAGAAGAUUAUAGAUGGCCCUGUUAAAAGAAAGUCUCAAUUAAAAGCGUAUGCUACUUCUUCUAUCAACCCGGACGAUAAAAGUACUAAUUUUUAACCUUAGCUUUAAUUAGUUUAUGAUACGACUAAAACAUAGUAAUAAGCAAGCUUUGCUGGCUAUAAUAAGUUCUAGUAAAGAUUUAUGAGCUGGAAGGAAAAGAAAUCAGCAAACGAAAAAUCCUAAAACACCACUAUUGAUUCAAAGAUUAAUACUGGGUAUCAUAGUAGAUAGCCUUCAAGUCACAGUACCAGACAGCCAAUUAACUACAAGAGGUUUAAGAACCAGUAGCAGUCCGCUUAGUAUCUUAUUAAUGUUGAGGGACAUGACAAUAUUAUUGAUGAUAGCUCAGGUUCAUCUUAAAAGAAAGUGCUUCCGUAGACUACUAAAAUGAGGAAUUUUAGCGACUCCCAUAAUGGAUAAGCAAAGUGCUAAAAAUUUUAACGCUUUGAAGUUUAAUUUCAAGGACUAGUUGCAGGUGCACUCGAAGACCACAGCAAAUACUAACAGCAACUCGAAUAGUCACAAUGGCCAGUAAUAAAGGAGCAACAAUAAUAUGAUGGAAAAGAAGUUGAGCCCUUCAUAGAUAAAUUAUAUGAUAAAAAACAAACCUGUAAAAAAUCAAAUGGUUGUUUGGGGCUCGAAUAGGAUUAAUAAUGA